CAAAUGUUAAUUGGCUUUACUUGCAGAGUUUGUAAUGAGCGAACACACCACGUCAUGUCAAAAUUAGCGUACACCAAGGGUGUGGUAUUGAUUCAAUGUCCAGGUUGCAAAAAUCGACACUUGAUAGCAGAUAAUCUAGGCUGGUUUAGAGACAAUAAAACUACCGUAGAAGAUCUGGUGAAAGAAAAGGGAGAAGCUAUUCGAAAG